UCCGCGUAAAGACGCAGCUCCUCAUGGAGAUGAACGGCUCAGUGGACGGGAGCUGCGAGCGCGCUCCCGAUGAAGGCGCCUUCCUCUUCACCUCCGAGUCCGUGGGAGAGGGACACCCUGAUAAGAUGUGCGACCAGAUCAGUGACGCUGUGCUGGACGCUCACCUGAGCCAAGACCCCGAUGCCAAAGUGGCUUGUGAGACCGUUUGUAAGACGGGCAUGGUGCUCCUCUGUGGGGAGAUCACAUCCCGAGCAUCCGUGGACUACCAGAAGGUGGUGAGAGAUGUCAUCAAGCACAUCGGUUAUGACAGCUCCAGCAAAGGCUUGGACUAUAAGACGUGUAACGUGCUGGUGGCGCUGGAGGAGCAGUCUCCUGACAUCGCACAGGGAGUCCAUGUUGAUCGCAUGGAGAGCGAAAUCGGAGCAGGAGACCAGGGUCUGAUGUUCGGUUAUGCCACAGAUGAGACGGAGGAGUGCAUGCCUCUGACCAUAGUUCUCGCCCACAAGCUCAACGCUAGGAUGGCCGAGCUGAGGCGAAACGGGACCGUUCCCUGGCUCCGCCCCGACUCCAAAACACAGGUGACGGUCCAUUACAGUCAGGAAAGCGGCGCUGUGAUCCCGGAGAGGAUCCACACUGUGGUGAUCUCGGUGCAGCACGAUGACCACGUAAGCCUGGAGGAGCAGAGGAGCGUGCUGAUGGAGAAGGUCAUCAGAGCUGUGAUUCCUGCUAAAUACCUGGACGAGAACACCGUCUACCACCUGCAGCCCAGCGGGCGCUUCGUGAUUGGUGGGCCGCAGGGGGACGCAGGAGUGACGGGCAGGAAAAUCAUCGUGGACACUUAUGGGGGUUGGGGGGCCCACGGAGGGGGGGCUUUUUCGGGGAAAGACUACACCAAGGUGGACCGCUCGGCUGCCUACGCCGCCCGCUGGGUGGCAAAGUCUCUGGUGAACGCCAGGCUGUGCAGGCGGGUGCUGGUGCAGGUUGCGUAUGCCAUCGGAGUCGCUCAUCCUCUCUCCAUCUCCCUCUUCACCUUCGGCUCCUCUCAGAAGAGCGAGAAGGAGCUGCUGCAGAUUGUUUACAGAAACUUCGACCUCAGACCCGGGGUCAUUGUCAGAGACCUGGACCUGAAGAGACCCAUUUACCAGAAGACGGCUUGCUACGGACACUUUGGCAGGAAGGAGUUUCCCUGGGAGGUCCCCAAGAACCUGGAGUUUUAAUGUGUGUUAAAUCAAAGAUCCCCACACAGACGACUUCACUAAAUGAGAUCCAGGAAGUGGAGGAAGCUGAUCAUCCCUCAGGUGAACUGGAACACAGAAUCGCAGCCUGACCUCCUCUGUCAUUAGUGCCUGACUUGGUGUUUAACCCUUGUGCUAUCUUAGAUGAGCCCACCCUUACAUUGAUGUGUUCUCCCUACCAUGACAAAGGUGGAUAAAGGUGGAAAGAUUUCAUUUAAUCCAUGGACACCAGUGAAGAUCACAAAUCAUUGAAGAAAAAAGGUUCAGCGCACUGUCUAGUGGGUCUAGAUGACCCAACUCCCAAUGUUAAAGUGCCUAGGAUAGCACAAGGGUUACACAUGACCAUGAUCUUUGUUGGGGGAAAAAAAACAAAACACAAUUUUCAGUGGGGUUUUUUUCAACAAAGAUCAUGGUCAUGCGUAAAGUAACACUUGUAGAGAGAGAAAAAAAUAUUUUUUUUUCUACCAUAAUAAACGUUUUUUUAAGAAUAUAAGAAUGUUAAUUUAGGGAAUUUCUACCCCAAAUUACCUAAUAAAUUACCCUGUUUAUGUCAAGAAUCAAUGUCUAAUAAUUAAAAAAUGGAAACAUUAUUUUUAUUUAAACUUUGGGAAAAAAUCAAGGUAAACCAAGGUGUAAAAUCUGUUAAAUAUUGCAAGUUUAAAUUUUUAUGGCUUUCAAUUGAACUAAAGAAACGCAAAUGGGUAAAUUUAGAAUUAUGUUAAAAAAAAUCCCUUUUUGUUCCGGAAAGUCUGCAGGUUUUUAUCAUAAAAGACUCUAAACAUUCUGGUUUUGAAGUUUUCUCUACUUGAUCUAAUUCUGUGUUCUAGAUAAGUCGUGUAUCACUGAGGUGGGAUGUGAUCAGUGGAGGACCAGAAACACAAACCUGGGAAUUUUUUAGUUCCUCCUCCUUUUGGUUCCACUCCAAACCUGCUCUGUGUGAGUGGAUUUACUCACAACUGAAAAAGCUGAAAUGCCUUUUUUUUUUCUUGUGUAUGGAUUUCAGAAUUUAAGUUUUUCUGUUUGAUUCAAAAUAGCUAACUUUGCAUUUCAAAAAGUUGGUCCAGUUUUUUUUAAAGCAGUUUCUGUGUCAAAAUGUAAAUUGUUGUUUUAUUUUCUUCAAUAACCAGCAGUUAAAACAACGUUUCCAUCUGAGAUGAGCUUAUAUGCAUAAUGAUAAUGCUUUGGCUGUUUUUUACUGUAAAUAUUAAAAGCAACUUGGUAUAAAUGA